ACCCAGCGCAUGUCGCUGUUUGCUCUUUUUGUUUACAUUUUGAUUUAGUACAUUAAGCUUUAAAAUGUAACUUCCUUUACAAAGAAUCUAACGGAAACAUUAUAUAAUUAGCAUAAUAAUGUUGCAUUUGACGACUGAAAUCGGAAAGGUCGGCAGGAAAGAGAGGGAGAGAAAACAUUUCCCAGAUAUCCACAACAACUGCAGCCUACCGUCUUACAAGCCCCAUGGCCGUAGAUACAUCCCUCACGGUUACGGAUUUUAUGAGGACUGGAUGCCCCAUAACCAGAAUAUCAACAUCAGAUAUACUGAGAAUGGACCGGACUGGAAGUCGAAGCUAAAAUACAUUCCUGAUCCAGAAAAUCCUAAAUAUCCGGCAGCAGAAAUCUUUGAGAACAACUGGAAAGCUAUGAGGCCGUAUCCUUACACAUACAUGAGGACGAGAAAUGAGUGGUUGCUUGACCCUGGACUGACCAAGGUGGGACUUAGGUGUAACUUUGGCGGCGUCCACAAGGCAACUAACACCAGCAGUGAUGAAAUCACACACAGAAUGCUUUUUGGGCGGGGACGCAACGAGACGAUCAUUGACAAGAGGAACGGAAUCCCGUACGCGUCUGAGGGGGACAAAUCGUACCAGGCAGUGGAAUAUUCCCCUAGCUUCCAUAAGGCGGGGUCUAGUCUGCCCUGUCCACAGUUCGGUGCUAACUACCCAAAAGUAUCAACAGACACCUGUGUCCCGCUUCUUCCAAUCCCCAAAAAACCCAGGGAUACGUUUCGCGACAUGGAAAGACGGCGACAGAUGUCGGAAGAGAUUGACUCCGUGAGGGGCUUAGAAUCCUGGGAGCCUGCAAAGCCAAUUCACCAGGCCCUGAUCCCGGAAGAUCCCCCGGCUAAGAAAUAAACAGAUGUCAGCUGAUCAAGCCCGGCUGCUGACACUGAAAUCUUUUCCCUGUUAAACAUGUCUUCUUUAGUGAUACUUGUCAUUUUCUUUGUUGAUCGCUAUUCAGGCGAAUGUAUUUUUUCUCUUCCAUUCCUGGUUACAUACAUAAUGUGAUAUGUUUAGAAAUAUUAUUGUUUGUAUAAGUAAACAAUGUUAUGCUUUGUCAUAAAGCCUUUUUUUUUUUUUUACCUUCUC